GGCUCGGCGAGGCUCGAGGUCACUGGCUUCGCCGAGUCCCGCCCGGAGGAGCAGCAGGACGCGAGCCCUGGUGUGGAUCCGGGGUCGCGGGCAGCGGUGACUCGGAAGAGCAGGCACGAGGCAGGCACGGGAGCUGUUGGCAAGGCACCUACUCCCUUGGACUAA